UUUCUUUUUAAAUAACUUGAAAUCCGUGUAGGAAGGGUCAGGACCCUCGAAAAAGAGGGUGUCACCAUGGCAACUUAUCGUCAAUUGUUGGAAUCCGCACGGUGCUGAGUCAUCAUUGCCACCUCGCCUCUCCAAACUUGAAAAGAACUAUGAGGAAGAGCAAGGAAAGAAGGUCAUGGAGAGCGGUGAUGAUUCCGAUACCGAACUUGAUGAGAGUCAAGAUGAUGAUGCCAUCUUGGCGGCCACUGGAGUUUACAAGGGCCGGGUGCCCUUCUUGAGGGAUGAAGGCAUACGGAUCUUGCAAAACUCCGAAGGAGCAAGCUCAUCUUCUCAUCAAGUGAAUGAUGAACGAGAUGAACAGAUUGCCCGCCUUGAGCAACAAUUGGUGCAACAAGCGGCAGAACGGGCGGAAGAGGAACGGAGAACUAGAGAAUGGAUGGCUGAGUUUGAACGUCAAAUGAAACGUUACAACGCCACCUAUCGCCCUACCAUGCACAUUCAGCAACCCGAGAUGACCCCUCAAAUUUCCUUCAUGGGUGGCAUGGGCGGCAUGGGGUUCGGCAAUUAUAGCCAUCUGUCCAAAAAGUUUCCGUAUUCUUAUUAUGAUCAACCGUUUCAAACUCCCGGAGGUCGCAUCAGUUGAGGGGCAGCCGAGGAGGCAUGGAACCCGAACAGCCUAG